GACUCGGGGUUCUGAAGUACGAUAAUACUGUCCUGAACGGGUAAAGGCCACGAAGACAACCGACAUACUGCGGAUUAAACCGAACUCGAGCAUGAGCGGUCCUCGACUCUUUGGUGCGAGCUAUGGCUAUUGACCGAACCUGGCGAACCGGCCGGUCAGCUGUGAGCUGAACCGCUACCGACUCUAAUAUACAAUUUUUUCUCCUUGCCAACAAAUUUUCAAGUGUCGAGAUCAUCGAGCAAACGAAACUGAAAAACAUUCCCAACAAUUAAACGGCAAAGACAAAUGGCAAAAAAUAUACAAGAAAGAAAAAAGAAACCCCGGAUCACUAUCGUCAAACAGAAGUGAUCUUGCGCGGAAUAAAAAAGAACGAUACAACCGGAGGAAGCAGUCGUGCACCAUCUCUUUUGCCUUCUAGUCGCUCGACAGUCGGGUCGACCAGUGCGUGCUUGGAACUCUACCAUGACACUUCUCCGGCACUGAUUCUCGCCACAAGACGCAUUAUAUAUUACAAGAAAAAAAAAAGAAAAGAUAAAAUCUGGUCAGUGCUUUUUAGUAAACGCGAAUCUAACUUACAAGAAGAUAAGAUUUUUCAAGUGUCCCCUCCGGAUAGAGAGACAAAAUACGAACAAAGUGAAUUAAUUCCAAUAAAUUUCCAUCCAAAGUGAAAAUUUCUUUUUCUUUUUUUUUGCUCUCGAGUGAAAAAAAUUGUGCUAAUUAAAUCGGAUUUACUCAGUGGUGGAAGUGCAAAAAAAAGGAGAUAUAUAAAGUGCAUAGUUACAGUGAAAUUUUCUAUCCUAAAACACCAAGUGCUUAACAAAAAUUUUCUCCCCCACCCCUUUCUAAAUUCCAAAAAAUGAGCCAAAAUAUUCAAUUUGUUUUGGCGAUUUUUCGAAAAACCCAAGUGUAGAAAAAGAGGGUCACCCCUGAAGAUGAUAUCGUCCCUGGCAAGCUCGUAAAAGUCGUCUGAUCGCAUCGAUCGCCGAUUCUCUCUCUCUCGACAAAGGAAAAGACAGUCAGUCAAAAUUUCUACUUCUGCCUUUCUUUUUUUCGUGAAAUUGCAAAAAACAAAAGGAAGAAAAAGAAGAGGAAGGAAAAAAGAAGUUUUUUUUUGAAUAUUAGAGAGCAGAAAAAAUUUUUUUUCUAUACCUCACUGCUGUAGAAUACAGUGCAAAAAAAAGUGAUAAUCCGUAACAUGCUAAAUGAGAUGACAAAAAAGUGAUAAUAUGAAAUUUUAGGAGUUAUGCAUAAGGCAAUGUAGUUGCUAGCUAGGUAUCGAUUUUUGUUACACUGUUUGUUACAAAAAAAUUUUCCUGCAAUAAAUUUUCGCUGGGUUAAAGUUUUGUUGGAACCCAUUUUUUCGUCAAAUAAUUUUCUUUGAGACUAUUUUUUUGAUGGAACCAAUUUUUUCUUCAGCAACAAAUUUUUGAUGGAACUAAUUUUUUCUUCAGCAAAUUUUUUACACUUUUUCUGCAACUAAUUUUCGUCAGCAAACUAAUUUCUCUGCAACAAAUUGUCAGCAAAGGUUUCUUACAACAAAUUUUCGUCGGCAAACUGUUUUCUUACACAAGUUUUCAUUGGGAAAAGUUUUUCUUCAUACAAAUUUUAGUUAAACGACUAAAAAUUGUUACGAUUUUGUAUCAAAGUUUUGUUAUGGAGCAACUGAUUUUGUUACAACUGAAAGUACCUAAAGAUUCGGUAACUGGUGGAAAAUACAAGUAGUUGGUAAAAGAAUUUACUUGUACUGUUUGAUACUUAUUUACGACAAGAAGUUUAGUGAAGAAAAAUUUAGUGGAGUGAAGAAAUUUGCCUGAUAGGAGUAAAAUUUACUUGGUAAAAGAGUACACGAAUUUACCACUUAUUUGCGAAGAGAGUAACUUGGUAGUUAAAAGAGUUCUUACCAGAAGAGUAAGAAAUCUACUUGGUGAAAAGUAAGAAGACAAAAAAAUAUUUGAAAAGAAGAAAGAGAAGUACCCGACAAGAAGGAAAAAAAAAGUGAAGAAAAAGUUUAGUUAUUGGUAAAGAGAAAUGAAAAUUGACAGUGGAGAUGUAUUAGAGGAAAGAAAGGCGAUUUUUUUCACUUGACGAAUGUAUAAUAUAUGGAUGAGAAAGGAGGAGGUGGAGGAGAGGAGAGAGAGAGAAAGGAUCUUGAUAGAGAGGAAAGAGAGUCAUUAACGAUCAAGUGCUAGAAUCUUUUUCUUCAAAGAACCUGCAAAAAGCGAUGCUUGAAAAACCUGUCGAAUCGCUCAGGUCUCGAGGCUUCUGUAGUGGGUUCCGGCGAAAAUUGCGCUCACUGUAGUGGGCUGCGUCGAAACCGGUUUCGUUUCGCUUCGAAUCUCGCGUUUAUAAAGGUCGUGCGUCGAGGGAGGAGUAAGACUCGUGGAAAACGAAUUUACACGAGGACACCCGCACACGAGUGAGAGAGAGAGAGAGAGAUUUCUUAUCUCUUUUUGCCUGUCAUGAUCUCUCUACAACGACUCAUGUCGUCGUCUUCGUGACCGGUUCAAAUUUUCACUAUAGUUUCAUCUUUCUUUUGACCUUGACCGAAGGAAAAUAUGAUUCCUUGUUCGAAAAAUGAUCCGAUUUGUCGAAUUUUGUCAAGUAGUUGUGGUUCUUUAGGAUUCUUCUCUUCUUUAGCUGGAGAGUUGAAAACAUUAGUUGGAGAGUUCUAAACUUUAACUAGUGGGUUUCUGUACUAAAGGUGAAAAUUUUCAAGACGAAUUUUUGAAAAGCAGAUGACUCUAUCUUGUAGAUAGAAAUUUUCGAAAAGCAGUAUAAAAUUGUGGCAGAUAUCUAUCGUGUAGAUAGAAAUUUGUGAAGUACUGGACAUCUUGUUUGGGACAAGAUGGAAGAUGGUAAUUUAAAGGAGGAACAGGAUUCGCCUGAGAGGAUUUCGUUAACGAUGAAUCGUCUAAAGACCUAAUUGUUAUCUAAUGAUCCAAAGAGGUCAAGUGAUUAGUGAUGAAGCGCGCAUCAAGCGCUUCUACAGUGGCACAGGUGCAGUCCGUGAUCUUGCCUGGCAAGAUUCACGAAUUACGUAGCCCAACAUUACUGCCGACAACAGAGGAGCUCAAUGAGACAAUCAGCAUCAGGUCGAUAAAUGAACAUCACCAUCAAACAUCACCACAAUCAGUAAAAACAACUGACAAUCGACAGAUCGAUGAGCAGAGUAAAAAUUCAAAGUCACCAAAAGCAGCAAUGUCCCGAUUGCUGACUGUUGACUCAGAGAAUUAUAUGCUACGUAAAGGUUCAACAAACACAUCAUCGAAUCCGUCGUCGAUGUCGGAUAUCGCCAGCAAUCAACAACAACAACAACAACAGCAAAGAGAUUGUCCCCAUAAUUUUGCUAUUAGCACCAGUAAAUUGUCCGCCACUGGAAAUGGCACCUACUGUACGGCAGAUAUUUCAUUCGUGCAAGUAUCAACGGUAACGGGCAAACCAAACAAUCUGGAGAAGUCAGUGGUGAGCGUUUGCGAAAGUUCCCAGAGUUACGACGAGACUAACCAGUCGAUUCGUUCUCUAUAUUCCGAUUCCACAACAACAACAUCAUCAUCAUCUUCGACGACAACAACUGGGAAUCAUACAACACUCCUGACGAAAGGAGGCGCCACAGUUGCCCAACGACGGACAUCUAAUCAAAUAGCCUUUACAAAUGGAACAAAUGUGUCUUUAUCAAUUUCUUCCUCCACCUCUUCCUCAUCUCUUAUCGUUCCCUCGUGUCCUUCCUUAAAACAAUUCUCACCUGAUGUAAGUAAAGUACUUGAGAGUCAUAAUAAUGUUCUUGCCCACAAGAACAAUCAAGAUGAACAAUUAGUGAUUGAUAAUAAUUCCCGUUUAGAUGAUUAUGACGAUAAACAUUUUGUAUCAUGUGCAAGACCAUUGUCCUUUCACAGGCACAUGUGCUGGUGUAGUCCUCAACUGUUGAUCUCGAAAAAUUCAUCGGUUAGUGAUACCGAUAUUGAACUUUCUAAAGCAACAAUUAAUAUUAAUAAUAAUAAUAAUAAUAGCAACAAUAAUAACAAUAAUAAUAAUAACAACGUCAAGUCUUUAAUCGGAAGUGAUAAUACAACAACAACAACAACAGCAACUGCAAAGAAUAGUUUUUUGCUUGUUAACGGAGUGAAAAAUGGUUGCGACAGUAAAAUAGUUGAUAGAAAAUUAAAUCAUUCGUAUCGGAAUCUAUGUUGUUGUAUGUGCGGAUCUUUCUGUCCUAUAGAGUGCCACGCGUGCUUCCACGUCGUCUGCUCGGAAUACAGCGGACAGCAUCUGUGCCAAUGGAGUUCCAAGGGUCACGCUUUGCCAGGACAGGUCUUCGACAAGGAAAAGCCUGUCAGUGAGUGGACAUCUUUAAAUGUUGUUGAAUGGAUGUCUGCUCUCAACCUUUAUCGCUAUGCAGACGUUUUCAAGUCCAAGGACAUUAAGGGUAGCGAUCUACUUCAUCUGGACCGCGAGAAGCUAAUGAACAUGGGUAUAAAGGAUGAAUUCCAUCAGAAGAAUAUAUUAGUAUGCAUCGAGGAACUUUGCCAACCCUCGUCUCCUUCGACUCUAGCUGGUUCGGAGACUUCGUACGUGACAUUAUCCGUCAACGAAACGGGAGGCACUGGCAAUAAUAGUAGCAAUGUCAAUACUACGUCAACCACCACAAGCACCACCAGCAACGCUCACAAUCUCGUGCCUCAUAGUUUCAGUGUCUUGGAGAGGUGCGAAAAAUGCCAUAAAUACCUCAGGGGUCUAUUACAUCAAGGCUUUCUCUGCCAAGAUUGUGGAUUAGUCGCUCACAGGACUUGUUCAGCGACUGGUUUACCCUCUCCUUGCAUUCCAACAGAUUCUCGUGUUCAUAGAUUCACUUCAGUCUUUGGAUUAGCACUAUGCUCGCAGUUCGACUCGGCAACUCGUACAGCUCCAAUUUUAGUCGAAAGAUGCACACGUGUCCUUGAAGAAAGAGCAUUCACCGACACAACUUUAGACCUUUAUAAAAUAUACUAUAGUAGUCCGCCCAAUGAACAGAUACUUGAAUUACGAGAAAAACUUAACGAGGAUGUGUGUAAUGCAGAUUUAACCCCUUACUCACCGCAGUGUAUAUCAAGUGUCUUAAAGAAAUUUUUAAGAGAGUUACCAGAUCCCAUUAUUCCCGUACAGUGGUACGAUAGAUUUUUGGAAGCUAUUAAUUCAAGAAAUGACGAACAAUGUGCAUCACAUCUUACUAAAUUGGUCUCGGAAUUACCAGUGCAUCACAAAGGCACUUUGCAGCAUUUGAUGGCUCAUUUUUGUCGAAUUUGUCAAUUGCAACAUGCCCGAGGUUACACAGAACCACCCACUAUUCUUGUGCAAGUUAUGUGCCACAUUUUUCUCAGGCCUCCUUGGGAGCGGAUCAUUCAAGUUGUUCAUAAUACCGAGGCUCAUAUUCGUAUAAUGGAGCUAUUAUUACUUCAUGGAAACUGGAAUGAGAAAUUACCAGAAUUUGCGAGCCCUCCGCAAUUACCACCAAGGAAAGUGUCUAGACCACCAAUUCCGGUUCUUGAAUCGUUUCCUGGUUUAGAGGAAGAAUUGGCAGCUGGUGAUCGUUCAACACCGGGAGAAAGUAACAAAGAUCAACUACAACAAUCGUGCAGACCAAGAACUCUUCAGGAGGCCGAAUGGUAUUGGGGUGAUAUCACGAGGGAUGAAGUGAAUGAAAAAAUGGUUGAUACACCCGACGGUACAUUUUUAGUUCGGAAUGCAUCGUCAAAAGGCGGAGAGUAUACAUUGACAUUGAGAAAAGGUGGAACAAAUAAACUAAUCAAGAUUUGUCAUCGUAAUGGCAAAUACGGUUUCUCUGAACCUUACAAUUUUCAAUCUGUCAUUGAACUUGUGGAUUACUAUCGAAAUUGUUCUCUUGCCCAAUAUAAUUCGACACUAGAUAUUAAACUUUUAUAUCCGAUUUCACGUUUUCAACAGGAAGACGAAAUUGCAAGCAAUACCGAUAUGUCGAAAGUUGUUCAGAAAUUCAUCGAAAUCCUUAAGAAUUUAAACGAAACUUUACGACAGCAUAAAGAUUGCUAUGACCUCUAUAAUAGAACGGCUAAUGAGGUGCAACUCAAACGCCAAGCCUUAGAAGCAUUUUCAGAAGCCAUUAAAAUGUUCGAGGAUCAGAUGAAGUUGCAAGAAAAAUUUCAAACUGAAGCUCAACCACAUGAAAUAUCCACCUUGACGGAUAAUGCUGAGUUGUUAAAGCGUCGUCUAAAGUCCUUGGAAGAUAGUAGAGAACAACUUGAUGAUAGCUUGAAGCAGCAAAUUGCCUACAACAGAACACUUGAGCGUGAGAUGCAAAAAUUAAAGCCCGAGUAUAUGCAAUACACAAAAUUGAAAGAUAAAUACGCUGCUUGGCUAAAGAAAAAUGGGAUGCAUCCGAACAAAAUUCAUCAAUUAAUUAUGAGUAGUUCAACGUCAAAUCAAACAGCUGGCGAAAUAAUGUAUAAUGAAUUACAAGAACCUGAUCUCGAAAUUCAUUCCGACGAGAAGGCCUGGUUGUAUCUUGAUUGCUCGCGUUCCAAUGCUGAUCAAAUUCUUAUGGGACGGCUCGAUGGCACCUUCUUAGUUCGAAGAUCGAGAAUCGGACAGUAUGCUUUAUCCAUAAUGUGCAACGGUACCGUAAAUCAUUGCAUAAUUUACGCAACGGAAAGGGGUUAUGGAUUUGCGGAACCUUAUAAUAUACAUCAAACAUUAAAGCAUCUUGUUCUGCAUUAUGCGCAGAAUUCUUUAGAAGAACACAAUGAGAGUCUCACGACAACUCUAGCGUUUCCAGCGUUUGCAUCUGCCAGCGCAUUAACACACCUACAAGCUCAACAGCUUCAAGUACAAAUGCAGGCACAGAAUCAAAAUCAAUAUCCGUUGACGCUUGAAAAUCAACAAUUUGUGCCGCAUGCGUAGAGAUUUUUUUCUUUUGAAAAAAAAAUCAAAUUUGAAUCCAAUUUCUUCUUUUGGGAGAAAAUACCAUCUCCUUUCUAAAGGACUUUUCUUCUGAAACACCAAUUUUUCGCCGCUAAAACAACAACAACUACUACUUGUGAACGGAUUUUUUGGAGGAACUACAAAAAAAAGGCAGGUAGAACUUUUCAAUAUCAAUUAAAGAUGAUGAAUAAUAGAAUUAGUACUAGCAUUAUUUAUAAUAUUGUUAGCGGCUCUAUAUUUACAAAUAUUUCGUCAGGACCAACUUUUCGAAUAUUUCACUUUGUCAAAUUGUGAAUAUUCACCUUUUUUGUCGAGUACAUUAUCACUCGAUAUUCUUAAAAACGCCAAGAAAGGGAAAAAAAUUUUUUUUGAUUAAUUGUGGAUAAAAAAAUUCCAUUUCCGUCGAAUUUCGAACAUCAUUUUGUGAACGUUUUUCCCUUUAUUAGUACAACGAAUUUUUUUGAUGAAUCACGACGGAUAGGGGAGUAAACAGAUUUUUUAUACAUAGAUUUUAAGUAACUUUCGUGCCAGACGGUACGUGUGUCGCCUCGUCCACAAAAAGAGGGAUUUUGAAAUAAUUAUCUGUGAUUAACGGAUCUGUCGAUGGGCGAAGGAUUGUAUGUGUCUUUGUUUGUUUUUUUCUCUCUGCAAAUUGAGUCGUUGCCAGUUUUUUAAAACAAGAAAAGAAAAUACCAAUAGUGGCGCGUUUAUAAGGUGAGGCGGGGCCAUGCCUAGACUCUUUUAAAAUUUGCGAGACUCGCAAGUUCGAAGACAUAAUAAUGAUGUUGCAGGAAUAAUUAAAGAAAAAAAAAAUUAAUAAUAAUGGAAACAAAAAAAUGAAUGGUAUUGCUCUUUAUAGGGAGAAAAUUUCGACACGAAGCCGGCUUCGUGUGACAAUUUUCUCUCGUAUUUGCAACAAAUAUUUAUGGACAUAUGUAUAUCAUAAUAUCUGAUCAAUUUAAAAUGAAAAAAAGUAAUUCAAGCAAUCGUCCAACUUUUGCAGACGCUUUCUGUGCUACUAGUUAUAGAUUAACUUGAAGACGUACACUAUUAAAUGCUUUUUCGUGCAGAUAUCGAGUCAAUUUUUUUGCUCGCUGGUGAAUAAUAAUAGAAAUAAACAUUCGUGAUUUGCGAAUGUCGAUUGAAAAUUGACAAUUUUUGGAUUAAUCGAAUUAAAAUUGAUUUGGUUAAUUAAUCGAUUGAAUUAAUUUACUAGUUGACAAAAAUUGGUUUAAUUAAUUUACUUGGUUUAAUUGAAUCGAUUUAAUUAAUUCACUGGUUUAAUUAAAUCGAUUUGAAAUUCGAAAAUUGUUAUUUUUCGAUUGACAUGGAAAUUUCACAUUAUUGCUGAUAUUUGUAAUUUAUAUAUUCCCAAUCAACACAAAGACUCAUUGUAUCAACUUUGAAUGAAAGGGUCUGCGAGGAACAUUUUUUAUAUUAAAAAAUGUGACUUUUUUAUGAGAAUAAUGUUAUCGAUAUUCAACGUGUAAUUGUCCACCCGUGUGUUUGCUCUUUGGAGUAACGAUCUCGAAAAAAAGAAAGAAAGAAAAGAAAAAUCUUGUAUUUACAAAACGAUUUGGUAAAUACUAGAUAAAAACUAUAUUGAUUCUUACUCGGAUAUGAUAGCAACAUUUUUACGGACAAAUUAUAGAUUCGGGAAAUGUUCUCAACCCUUUUCAUAAUUGUAAUAAUAAUAAUAAUAUAUAAAUGUCAAAAAAAAAAACAGUCGGAAACGACGUUUUUAAAGUUGGCAAUUUGAAAAUUAUAUAUUUAAAAAAGAGAGAGAAAGGAAAAAGAGGUAAAUUAAACGUGCUAUUAAAAUUGUCUAUCAUAGGAAGAAAAAAAAAGUAUCAGGAAGGCAAUGUUCGUGAAUUGAAAGAAAAAUAUUUUAUUACAUAAUAAAUUGAAAUUCUUUUUAAUAUCGCUUUUACUGCAAAAAAAGAAAAUAAUAAAAACGAAUUUUGCAGAUUUUUAAAUUUCGCUUUUCGACAAUUCUCAACUACAAAAAUUCGAUUUAGAAUUUUUUAAAGAAAAGUAAUUUCAAUGAUAAAAACUUUUUUCUAUUUAAACUAAAAAAGAGAUCAAUUUCUGAAAUUUUAUAGAAAACUGUUUUUAUUUUAUUUUCUAUAGACUGAAAAUUUGCUAUUGCUAUUGCUCGAAAAUCAGUACAAAAGAAAAAACCGAAACAAUCACUUUGUAAAGAAACAAUUUUUUUAUUAUUAUUUUAAAAGGAAAUUUUCAUUUAAAAAUCGAAUUGAAAAAAAAUCUUUUUUCUCUUUGAUAUUUGUGAGAAUUGUAAUACGCGAAAUUUUCUUUUUUUUAAGUAUAAUGUAUAGAUUGGGAGAAAAUGAUUUUUAUACCUUUCCGCUUUAGAUGUGACAAAAGGAAAAAAGAAAGAAGAAAAACAAAGUAAUAAAUGAAUUUUAAUGCAUGUUUUUUGCUGUAAUGAAUUCAAAUGACAAAAGUGAAUUCUUUUUUGCAGUUUAAAAUAUGAACGAUCUCAUAGAUUAUUCAUUAUCAACGCGAUUAUUCAUUUUCAUCUGAUGUUGUAUAUAUAUAAAAUAAAAUAAUUCUUCAUUAGUUAGAUUCAAAACAUAUUAGAAUCACACGUUGGUUGUCGAAGCUCAGCCUAAUUCUCAGUAGUCAGUAGUCACUUCGCUGUUUCAUUAAGAAAUGAAAAAAAACAAAAAAUAACAAAAACAAACAAAACAAAAAAUACGAAUCGUGUUAGUUGAUGCAUACAAUAAAAAUAAAAUA